GCGAGGACGGGGCAAUCGGGAUGAAGCGCGGAAUCCAUGCCGGUGCCGAUCGCUAGCGUGGACGUGAGUUCAAGCCUUCGCUUGGAACACGAGGCCCAUGCUCCCUCAACCUAUCAUAUUUCUAACAUGGCUUACCCCUAGGCAAAGGAAGGAGCUCGUAAUAUGCAAUCGGCAACUCUUCCGAGGCUCACAAGUCGUCGGUAUUCUCUACAUUCUCAACUUAUGUCUGAUACCGGGGAAUCUGAGGUGGGAGACAUGCAAGUUUUGUACUUUCUUCGACGUGACCGAAGCUCAAGGUCAGUGUAAGCGAUCUGUUGUGUUCUGCGGAAAACUAGGCUGUCUCACCAUUCGUGCAUAAUCAUUGGAACGCUAGCCAGUAAUGCCAUCAUGUUCC